AUGUCCAACACCAACGCACAAAGCACAGCUGCCACCACAGCUCCACCACCAGCACCGUCCGCCAAUGUAGACGACGUGGACGAUCUCGACGACCUCGAUGACGUGCUGGACGAGUUUAACGCGCCUUCUGGAUCGACACAAGCCGCCGCCGCUGGUGCUGCUGGAGAGGCGCCGAAAGCCCAGUCCAAGCCACAGGUGGAGGAUGCAGCGGAGAGCAAGGUGUCGGGAGGAGAGGCGGGGGAGGAUGUGGUGUCGCAGGAUUUCGCCAAGGAGCUCGCCGAGGGUAUGCAGGCGCUGAUGAAGGAGCUGGGUGGCCAGGCGAAUGCCAAUGGCGAAGCGCUCAUGGGUGGUGGCGAGGGUGCAGCGGCUCGUGAGGCGGGUGCGGCGGCCGAGUUCAACGAGGAGGAGCUCAUGCGUCAGUUUGAAGCCAUGAUGGCCGGAUUCGGCGGUGGCCCCACGACUGCUUCCACCUCCACCGCCCCCGGAUCGUCGUCAGCCCCAGCUGCCGGCGGUGCCUCUGGAUCGAAGCCGGCGAACUUCAACGAUGCAAUCGCGGCGACGAUGGCCAAGCUGAAAGAGAGCGAUGCGUCUGCAACCUCGUCCUCCGCUGCCGCAGACAACCCAUUCGCGGGCCUGUCGGGAGCUGAAGGCGAAGAGAUGGCCAAGCUGCUCGCCGCGCUCGGUGGAUCGGGUGAUUUGUCCGGGCUCGAAGGGGCGAUGGACAAUCCGGAGCUGACCAAGAUGCUCGAGGGCAUGAUGGACGAGCUCAUGUCGCGCGAGAUCCUCUACGAGCCGCUCAAGGAGCUGCGCGACAAGUACCCCGCUUACCUCGCCGGCUCCGACUCGCGCGACAUCUCGGCCGACGAUCGAAAGCGCUACGAGCAGCAGUUCGCGUACAUCACGCAGAUCGUCGCCGUAUUCGACGAUCCGAAGUACGAUGCCAAGGAUGCCCAGAUGGCAGCGAGGGUGCAGGAGCUCAUGAACCAGAUGCAGGACUGCGGCUCGCCGCCCAAGGAGAUCGUGGGCGAUAUGCCGGCGGAACUCGAGAGCCUGCCUGGAUUCGGCGGUGCAGGUGGCAACGAGGAGUGCACCAUCAUGUAG